GAAAAACCUCUACGCACAAUACACUGAACUUUUUUGGAAAAUCUCUACGCACAAAAUACACUGAACCAUUCGACUCCUCAAAGUAAUUUCUCGACUUAUUUUUCUCUCUUCUCUGCGAGUCAGAUUUAAUCAAGUGAUCAAACAGUCCCACAGUCGACGCUGCCUUCUUCACCACUCCCGGACAAUAUAUACACACAACUAACGUUGUAGAUGGCCAUGACGACAACGCACUUGUCAACGAUUUCAAUUGAUUUCUUCUCCUGAUCUUGCUCCCCUCUGCUAAAGUUAAUCGGCGAUGGCCGCUUCUCCGGUCAAGUUUCUGUUCGGAUUUCUCUUUAUAUCUAUCAUUUGUUGGCUACUGUUUAUAUUUGCCUCCAGGUUGUUGGCAUGGAUUUUAAGCCGGAUUAUGGGAGCAUCUGUGGAAUUUCGAGUAGGUGGAUGGAAAUGUGUCAGGGAUGUUGUUGUGAAGUUUAGAAAGGGUCCUGUUGAAUCAAUAUCUGUUGGUGAAAUAAGGCUCAGCUUACGGCAAUCUUUGGUCAAACUUGGUGUUGGCUUUUUUUCCAGAGACCCCAAGCUACAGUGGUUAAUAUGCGACCUAGAAGUUGUAUUGAGAUCUUCUAAUAAAGGCACCCAGAAAACUGGAUCUAAGAAGUCUCACAGUUCUACCAAAUCUGGCAGAGGGAAAUGGAUGGUUGUUGUUACUAUUGCGAGAUUUUUGUCAGUUUCUAUAACAGAGUUGGUAUUGAGGACAUCGCAAGCCACAAUUGACAUUAAAGAACUGGGUGUGGAUAUAUCGAGAGAUGGUGGAUCCAAGACGGCCCUCUUUGUGAAGCUGCAUCUCUUACCUAUUGUUGCUCACUUGGGUGUAGCACGGGUUAGUUGUGAUCAGUCAUCAAGUCUUAGUGGAGCGGGUUACAGUUUUGGUUACCAGGCUUCCUCAACAUUGACAGAAAGAGCUUCUGUUCCGUUCCUAUGUGAAGAGUUUCACGUCUCGUGUGAGUUUGGUCAUGUAAGGGAUGCAGGUGUAAUUGUUAAAAAUGUGGAAGUCACGAGUGGAGAAGUCUUUAUAAACUUAAAUGAGGAGCUUUUCAACAAAGGAAAUAUUUCAUAUGACACUUCUCAUGCCAAUGAAGCUAAUAUUGAUUCAAGUACUUUGAAAUUGGCAAAUCAAAAGAAAUCUCCUCUUUUGAACAUCACAAAAGCAUGGUUUCCUGAAAAGGUUUCCUUCAGUUUACCAAGAUUGGAUGUAAAAUUUGAGCGUAGAGGAUAUAAUCUCAUGGCAGAAAAUAGUAUAAUGGGUAUUCAACUGAAAAGCACCAAAUCUCAAUCUAUUGAAGACGUGGGAGAAAGUACUCGCCUUGAUGUUGAAUUGGAUUUCAGUGAGAUUCAUCUGCUUAAAGAAGAUGAUAUUUCAGUUUUGGAGAUUUUAAAACUUGAUGUUUUUUCUUCAGUUUAUGUUCCAGUACAGCCUACGUCGCCUAUCAGAUCUGAAGUUGAUGUCAAGCUAGGAGGAACCAGAUGUAAUCUUGUUAUGGGUAGAUUAAAGCCAUGGAUGCAACUUUUGACCUCCAAAAAGAAGAAAAUGGUUCUUCGUGAGGAAACUCCUAUUCCUGAAAGGCCAGAGUCAACCAAGUUAAAAGACAUCAUGUGGACAUGCACCUUGUCGGCCCCAGAAAUGACUAUUGUGCUCUAUAAUCUUGCUGGUUUGGCAGUAUAUCAUGGUUGCUCCCAAUCAUCGCAUGUCUUUGCAAAUAAUAUAUCAAAUACUGGCACAUCUGUUCACAUGGAACUUGGCGAAUUAAAUUUUCUGAUGGCAGAUGAAUAUCAGGAAAGCUUGAGAGAAAGCCUAUUUGGCGUAGAAACAAACACAAGUUCACUAAUGCAUAUUGCAAAGAUUAGCCUUGACUGGGGCAAGAAAGAUGUGGAUCCAAUCAAAGAAGCGAGCAUCAAGUCUAAGUUGGUGUUAUCUGUUGAUGUAACUGGUACUGGGGUGAACUUGACGCUUAAGCGUGUCGAAUCAUUGAUAUCAAUCGCGUUUGGUUUUAAGGCUUUACUGAAAAGCCUAUCCAAUUCUGGUAAGAACCUAGUACAAAGCCGGGGACAUUCUAGGAAAUCAUCAGGGAAAGGGACCCGUAUCAUGAAGUUCAAUCUUGAUAGGUGUUCCGUCGUAUUUCGCUCUGAUUUUAGCGUGGAAAGCAUGGUUGUUGCAGACCCAAAACGUGUCAAUUAUGGGUCGCAAGGGGGAAGAGUGGUCAUGUGUGAAUCAGCUGAUGGGACACCACGUACUGCGAAGAUAAUGUCAACUAGCUCAGAUGGGUACAAAAGUGUGAAUUACUCUGUCUCUCUCGAUAUUUUUCAUUUCAGUCUUUGCAUGAACGAGGAAUGCGUAACUAAGGAAAAGCCAUCUGUACAAAUUGAUCUAGAUCUAGAAAGAGCAAGAUCCCUGUAUCAAGAACAUAUGGAAGACAACAGUUUGGACACAAAAGUGACUUUAUUAGAUAUGCUAAAUGCGAAGCUUGUACGGAAAUCUGGUAAUUUUAAAGAGAUGAGAUCUGUUAAUUUUAAAGAGAUUGCUGUCUGCUCUUUUUUCAGUGCUACUGAAAUUGCAGCCAGGUGGGACCCUGAUGUGCAUAUAGCUAUUUUCGAACUGAUGUUACGCUUAAAACAACUGAUGCACAAUCAAAAAAUUCAGGAACAUGAUUCAGGAUUAAUGCAAGAAAGCGUUCUAGCACGGGAUGUCGAGAAUAAGAAACUUACCUCUACAGAUGUAGAAAUUGAGAAGCAGAAAAAGAAAAAAGAAUCUAUUAUUGCUAUCCAUGUGGUAAUGCUUAGUUUAUCUGCAGAGGCUGGAGAUGGUGUUGAUGCAAUGGUUCAGGUGCAGUCCAUUUUUUCAGAGAAUGCUCGCAUAGGCGUACUUUUUGAAGGACUAGUAUUCAAAUUUAAUGAUGCCAGAAUCUUGAAAAGUAGCAGGAUGCAGGUUUCUCGGGUCCCUAAAGCCUCUAGUAGUGCGUAUAAUACAAAAUCUGAGGUGGCCGCUACAUGGGAUUGGGUAGUUCAAGCCUUUGAUGUGCAUGUUUGCAUGCCCUUUAGAGUGCAGUUGCGUGCUAUUGAUGAUUCUGUCGAAGAAAUGCUGCGAGCUUUGAAACUCAUAACUGCUGCAAAAAGUAAAAUAUUAGGUCCAAGAAAAAAUGAAAGUGUAAAGCCUAAGAAGGCUAGUUCGUCAAAGUUCGGAUGUGUAAGGUUUUCCAUAAGGAAGCUAAUUGCUGAAAUAGAGGAGGAGCCACUACAGGGUUGGCUUGACGAACACUAUCAGCUAAUGAAGAAUGAGGCUCGUGAAUUAGCUGUGAGAUUAAACUUUCUUGAUGAAGUGAUUUCCAGGAGAAGCCAAUCUCCAGGUGCAGCUGAAACAAGUAAUCCUACUUGUGAUGGUAAGACGCAGUUUAAAGGAGAAAAGAUAGAUUUGCAAGAUGCUUCAGCCAUUCAAAAACUGCGAGAGGAGAUUCACAAGCAAUCAUUCCACUCCUAUUACCAAGCUUGUCAACGUCUUGAAACAUCAGAAGCAUCAGGUGCCUGUAAAGUAGGAUUUCAAGCUGGUUUCAAGCCCAGCACUUCACGAACAUCCCUGUUUUCCAUUUCUGCGACAAAUCUUGAAUUAACCUUGACAAAAUUUGAAGGUGGCGAGAGUGGGAUGAUAGAGCAUUUACAGAAGCUUGAUCCUGUCUGUCUAAAAUAUAAUAUACCAUUCUCUCGACUGUAUGGGAGUAAUAUUCUUUUGCAUACUGAGUCUCUCGUUGUUCAGAUAAGAAACUAUACAUAUCCACUUCUUGCUGCAACUUCUGGUAGAUGUGAAGGUCGAGUUAUACUAGCUCAGCAGGCCACAUGUUUCCAGCCCCAAAUUACCCAAGAUGUCUUCAUUGGGAGAUGGAGGAAAGUCAGCAUGCUUCGUUCUGCUAGUGGCACAACUCCACCGAUGAAAACAUAUCUUGAUCUGCCCUUGCAUUUUCAGAAAGGAGAUAUUUCUUUUGGUGUUGGUUUUGAACCUUCUUUUGCGGAUAUUAGUUACGCCUUCACAGUUGCUCUUCGAAGGGCGAAUUUGAGUGUAAGAAAUCCCAAUGCAUCAAAUGUUCAACCACCGAAAAAGGAGAAAAGCUUACCAUGGUGGGAUGAAAUGAGAAAUUACAUCCAUGGAAACACUAGUUUGUACUUUUCCGAAACAAGAUGGAAUAUUCUUGCUACAACUGAUCCUUAUGAAAAAAUGGAAAAACUGCAAAUUGUAUCCGGUCUAAUGGAACUCCACCAGUCUGAUGGUCGAGUUUAUGUCUCUGCAAAGGAUUUUAAGAUUUUGUUAAGCAGUUUGGAGAGUUUGCUAAAUAAUUGCGGUUUAAAGCCUCCUAGUGGUACUCCUGUCGCUUUUAUAGAAGCCCCAGAUUUCAGCCUUGAAGUUACGAUGGACUGGGAAUGUGAAUCUGGUGAUCCUCUUAAUCAUUUUCUCUUUGCACUUCCCGAUGAAGGUGCUGCUCGGGAAUAUAUUUAUGACCCAUUUAGAUCUACUUCUCUUUCCUUAAGGUGGAAUUUAUCACUUCGGCCGUCGUCCCAAUCAUGCGAAAAUCAGUCCAGAUCUCCAACGUUAGGAGAAAGCACCGUUUUUCUUGGAGCUGCCAAUGGUUCAGUAAAUAAAUCGGAAACUGUUUCAGUUGAUUCACCAACCAUAAAUGUCGGUCCACAUGAUUUGGCAUGGAUACUAAAGUUCUGGAACUUGAAUUACAUCCCUCCUCAUAAAUUGCGUUAUUUUUCUCGUUGGCCACGAUUUGGAAUUCCAAGAUUUGCAAGAUCAGGCAAUUUGUCACUAGACAAGGUAAUGACAGAGUUUAUGUUUCGCAUUGAUUCAACUCCAACCUGUCUUAGGCACAUGCCUUUAGAUGAUGAUGACCCAGCAAAAGGAUUGACAAUUAAGAUGUCAAAACUAAAAUAUGAACUUUGCUACAGCCGGGGUAAGCAAAACUAUACGUUUGAAUGCAAGCGUGAUCUUCUCGAUCUUGUUUAUCAAGGCCUUGAUCUUCACACACCAAAGGUUUAUAUAAAUAAAGAAGACUGUCCAAGCGUUGCAAAACUAGUGAAACUUACAAGAAAAAGCUCGCAAUCUUCUCACAUUGAGAAAGACAGUUCAGAAAGACAUCGUGACAAUGGGUUUUUGCUGGAAUCUGAUUACUUUACAAUAAGGAAGCAAUCUCGGAAAGCUGACCCUGCGAGGUUAUUAGCUUGGCAAGAAGCUGGAAGAAGAAAUCUCGAGACGACAUAUGUCAGAUCUGAAUUCGAAAAUGGUAGUGAUAGUGAUGAGCAUACUCGGUCUGACCCAAGUGAUGAUGAUGGGUAUAAUGUGGUGAUAGCUGACAAUUGUCAGCGCAUUUUUGUGUAUGGCCUUAAGCUUCUGUGGACGAUUGAGAACAGAGAUGCUGUUUGGUCCUGGGUUGGUGGAAUAUCUAAAGCAUUUCAACCUCCAAAGCCUUCUCCCUCUAGACAGUAUGCCCUGAGGAAGUUAGCUGAGAAGGAAAAAAACCCUGAAAUGCAUGUACCUGAUGAAUCAAAAUCACCCUCUGAUAGUCAAGAUGUAUGUUCCACUUCUCCGAAACCUGUUGAGGAGCCUACUGGAUCACAUUCUUCUCCAUUAGAUUCAGCUACAGUAGAAAAACAGACGUUGGAUACUGUUGUUAAGGAGCUUGUGUUGACGCGCGAAGGCAUAUUUGACUCAGAGGAGGAGGGGACUCGUCACUUCAUGGUAAAUGUUAUAGAGCCACAAUUCAAUCUUCAUUCGGAAGAUGCCAAUGGUAGGUUUCUUCUUGCGGCUGUUAGUGGUCGUGUUCUUGCUCGUUCAUUUCAUUCAGUCCUUCAAGUUGGAUUUGAGAUGAUUGAGCAGGCACUACAAAGCAGCGAUGUGCAUAAAUUUGUAUCUCAGCCUGAAAUGACUUGGAAUCGGAUGGAGUUCUCCGUGAUGCUGGAGCAUGUUCAGGCUCAUGUUGCCCCUACUGAUGUUGAUCCAGGGGCUGGCCUACAGUGGCUUCCAAGAAUCCGAAGGAGUUCACCCAAAGUAAAGCGUACUGGGGCUUUGCUUGAAAGGGUGUUUAUGCCUUGUGAUAUGUAUCUGCGGUAUACAAGACAUAAAGGCGGAACUUCAGACUUGAAGGUGAAGCCCUUGAAAGAGCUUGCUUUUAAUUCUCAUAAUAUAAUAGCAACGAUGACGUCGCGUCAGUUUCAGGUUAUGCUUGAUGUUUUGACCAAUCUUCUAUUCGCUCGGCUUCCCAAGCCUCGGAAAAGCAGUCUUUCUUUUCCAUCAGAAGAUGUUGAAGAUGUCGAAGAGGAAGCCGAUGAGGUGGUACCUGAUGGUGUUGAAGAAGUUGAACUAGCAAGAGUGAACCUUGAGCAGAAAGAGAGAAUGCAAAAGCUGCUCCUUGAUGACAUCAGAAAAUUAUCAGUUCGUAAUAAUGUUACGGUAGACCUGAAUUUAGAGAAGGAUGGUGAUUUAUGGAUGAUUACUGGUGGAAGAGAUGCACUGGUGCAAAGACUUAAGAAAGAGCUUGGAAGUGCUCGUAAAUCUAGAAAAGCUGCAUCUGCGUCUUUAAGGGUGGCUCUGCAAAAGGCUGCUCAUCAACGACUUAUGGAGAAAGAAAAGAACAAAAGUCCAUCAUAUGCUAUGCGCAUAUCUAUGCAGCUUAAUAAAGUGGUAUGGGGAAUGCUUGUGGAUGGCAAAUCUUUUGCUGAAGCUGAGAUCAAUGAUAUGAUCUAUGAUUUUGACAGGGACUACAAAGAUGUGGGUGUUGCUAGGUUCACAACCAAAUCAUUUGUUGUGAGAAACUGUCUACCAAAUGUGAAGUCUCCUAUGCUACUGUCAGCAUGGAAUCCUCCGCCCGAAUGGGGAAAAAAAGUGAUGCUUGGAGUCGACGCAAAACAGGGAACACCGAAGGAUGGAAAUUCACCUAUUGAACUGUUCCAGGUUGAUAUUUACCCUUUAAAGAUACAUCUGACAGAGACCAUGUACAAAAUGAUGUGGGGAUAUUUCUUUCCAGAAGAGGAACAAGACUCACAGCGGCGGCAGGAAGUUUGGAAGGUUUCAACUACUGCUGGUUCGAAACGAGUAAAGAAAGCUUUAUCAUUGCAUGAAGCUUCUGGGUCCAGCACUCACCCAUUGAAAGAUUGUGAAGUUUCAAAAUCAGGAGCUUGUGUUGUCACUUCGAAUCCUGACAACAGUCAGCCUUUCAUACCUGCCCAAGCAUCAAAGUUGCUGAGCUUAAAAGAAAAUAAUGAUGAGGGGUCAAACAGAGGAUUAAGACGAACAUCUUCAUUCGACAGAACUUGGGAAGAAACUAUUGCAGAAUCAGUAGCUAAUGAGCUUGUACUACAGGCUCAUUCUUCAAGUAUAUCUUCAUCAAAGAGUGAGCAUCCUGGUUGUGUUGAUCAAGAGGAAUCUUCAAAGAUUAAAUUAAAGAAUUCCAAGCCUCUCAAAUCUGGUCGUUCUUCACAUGAAGAGAAAAAGGUGGGGAAGUCCCAGGAUGAAAAAAGAUCCAGGCCACGGAAAAUGAGGGAGUUCCACAAUAUAAAAAUUAGUCAGGUUGAACUUCUGGUAACUUAUGAAGGCUCUAGAUUUGCUGUGAGUGAGUUAAGGUUGUUAAUGGACACAUUUCAUCGAGAGGAGUUCACAGGUACAUGGAGGAGACUUUUCUCGAGAGUAAAGAAACACAUCAUCUGGGGAGUCCUAAAGUCAGUUACUGGAAUGCAGGGUAAAAAAUUUAAAGACAAAGCACAUAGUCAAAGAGAAGUCAUUGCAUCUAGUAUAGCUGAAAAUGAUCUCAAUUUAAGUGAUAGUGAUGGUGAAGCGGGGACUUCUGAGCAGUUGCCUGUAGCUUGGCCUAAGCGUCCUACUGAUGGAGCAGGUGAUGGAUUUGUUACGUCCAUAAAGGGCCUUUUUAAUUCCCAGCGCCGUAAGGCCAAGGCCUUUGUGCUCCGCACAAUGAGGGGUGAAGCAGAAAGCGAAGCACAAGGUGAGUGGAGUGAAAGUGACGCAGAAUUCUCGCCAUUUGCCAGACAACUCACUAUAACAAAAGCUAAGAGGCUUAUUAGACAUCACACAAAAAAGUUGCGCUCAAGGGGGCAAAAAGGUAUGUCUUCUCAGCAGAGAGAAUCACUUCCUUCAUCACCAAGAGAAAGAUCACCAGUUGAAAGUGAUUCAUCUAGUGCAUCUUCCCCAUACGAGGACUUCCAUGACUAGACAAGCCACAAUUUUAUCUCAGGAUCAUUCUUGAAUCUUGAUGAACUCAGGGAAGCACCAUGAUUUGAGGACUUGGUCAUAGGGUUAUAUAACAUAAUAGAAUAUGUUGUGCAGUAAAAGUAAUCAUCUAUACCACCCAGACAGCCGCCUUGAAUGGGUGUUGGUUAUUGAAGAGUUGACAGUCAUCUUGAAUGAGUGUUGUACACUAGAUUAUUUGCCAUCCAUCUUGAUUUCGAACAGUAUAUCAAUUAUAUACAAGCUGGUGAGAGAUUUCAGGUUCGGAAGGCAAGCAUACUAAUAUACUGUUGGAAAUAGAAUAAAUUCCAAGUUUUCCUCCGAACUACAGAUAACAUGUACAUUGCUCACACUUGGAUUCUUGCAAAUUCUGUCGCCGUUCAGUUAGAUGCUGCUGAGUUUGACAAACAUAUACACAUGAUUGGUAGGCUGCUUGGCAGUUUUGGGACUUUCCUCGCCAAGCUAUAUCAUAUUAUCUGAGAAAUAGGAGGCUUCACUGGGAUUUUACGAUUUGUAGAAAUUCUGUAAUAUACUAAUAUGUAUGUAUUGCAUGAACCAGAACUUGAUACUUAACUGGGAAUGUACAUGUCUUUAGCCUGGAAUAUGUAGAGAAGAGAGCUUCUGCAAGAAAUAUCAAAGAUUCAUGCGUAGGAUUUUUCUUCAUAUAAA